AUGCCCGAUUCCAAUAAUACUGAAAAAAUUAAAGAAUUGCAUUACAAACGCGGAAAUUUUAAGACAAAGGUAACUUUAUUUCAAAGGUUCAUUAAUGGUUUAUCUCCUGAUAAUAUUGCAGAAACAGACCUCAUUAACCUGCAACAAAGAUUAGCUAAAUUUCAAUUAAUAUAUGACCAAUUUGACGACAUUCAAAAUCAAUUAGAUAGAUUAAACCCAGAUUGUGAGGAUAAUUUAGAAGAAAGGGAACAAUUUGAAAACAAUUACUAUUCAUUAUUAUCUCAAGGUCAACAAUUAGUGAAUCUUAGAAAACCGCCAACUGAAAUAGCAAAUGUUUCCCAAACGGCCAAAUCGGCUAACGUUAAAUUACCUAAACUCACAAUCCCAUCUUUUGAUGGCAGUUUUAUUAAUUGGCGCACCUUUCAUGACACUUUUGUAACAAUUAUACAUAAUAAUUCAGAUUUAACAGAUGUUCAAAAAUUAUGUUAUCUCAGAUCCGCUUUAAAAAAUGAACCUGCAAAUUUAAUUAGCUCCCUUGACACAUCAGACACAAAUUAUUCUAUUGCAUGGAAAUUGCUACAGGAGAGGUACAAUAACAAAAGGCGAAUUAUAUACAAUCACGUUCGAGAAAUUCUGGAUGUCAGUAAUGUUAGCAAAGGAUCUCACGUGACCUUAAGGCAUUUAAUUGAUACAAUUCAAAAACAUUUAAACUGUUUAAAGGCAAUGAACCAACCGGUUGAAAGCUGGAACGCUCUUUUAAUUCCUAUGCUGUUACCCAAAUUAGAUUUCAAUACUAUACGUGAAUGGGAAUCAUUUCUCAAUAAAAAAUAUGAAUCGCGGGACGAUAUUCCCACUGUAGAGGAAUUUAUAAAAUUUUUAAACGAUAGACAGGGUGUAUUAGAAUCUCUUUCAAUUAAUCAGUCCUCAUCAGUCAAUUUUAAACCUUUUCCAAAACACAAAACAGAUAACGUCAGUGCAUUCGCUACAACUGCAACAGUAGAUUCUCAUUGUGCAUCUUGCAAGGGUAAACACUACUUGUAUCAAUGUGAAGAAUUUUUGAAACUCCCGGUCAAUAAAAGAAUUGAAAGAACAAAAGAAUUACAUUUAUGUUUAAAUUGUUUGAAAAAAGGUCAUAAUUCAUUUCAAUGUAAAAAUGCACACACUUGCAAAUCAUGUCAUCGAAAGCACAAUACUUUGCUUCAUAUUUCCAAUUCAGAGCAAGAACAAUCCAAGGGCCCCAAUAGGAACAGUAGCGAAAUUAGUUCAAGGCAGGUACAGGCAAUUAAUGAAUCAUCUCAGGCAUCGACGUCCUUAGCAAGUUACAGUUACAGUACAUUACAUAAAGGAAGGACGUCGUCCCAAGUUUUAUUAUCUACAGCAUGUGUAAACGUUAAAGAGACUAAAGCUGGAAACAUAAUUAUAGCCAGAGCCUUAUUAGACUCUGCAUCACAAUCCAAUUUCAUUUCGGAGGAAUUAUGUAAAAAAUUAAACCUUAAACGGCAUGAAACAGAUGUAUCAAUUGUAGGAAUCAGUCAAACUCCCAUAAAAACGAUGGCGCGCGUUGAAAUCAAGAUUUAUUCCCGUUAUAAUCAUUACUCAGUCACAUUGUCAUGUUUGGUUAUUCCAAAAAUUACGGACAACUUGCCAUCCUCAAACUUUAAUGCAAAUAUUUUAGAUAUACCUAGCAAUUUAGUAUUAGCUGAUCCUACUUAUAAUAAGCAAGGACGUGUUAGAUAUUUUCGUAAGCAGUUGUAUUAUGAAAGCGAGCACUGUCAGUACUAA